CUCUCUCGCCAGCGCUCUCGCUCCCGCCAGCCCGCCAGCCGCCACCCGCUCGCCCACUCGCUGGCCCGCAAAAAGCUGAUAAACCAAACCGAACUUUUGCCCAAGUGCAGUUUUAUUUAAUCAGUGUUCGAGUCGCGUUGUUCGGUUAGCGCCGCCGACGGCCCAGAAGCUCAGAGCACACACAGAGCCCCCCACACACAUUGUGCUGUUGUGCUGAAUGAGAAACACCUAUUUUUUUCAAGUCUGCGCGAGUGAACCGAGAAACAGAAAACCCCGUCGAGGCUGUGCACAAGUGGACCUGCUCCAUGGCCUAGACCACAGACCAUAAUGGUUUUGGAGACCUCCGAGGGCGACACCAAAAAGUUCCUGACCAACAACAACCACUCGGGUGCCAGCCGAAGCAACAACAACCACAGCGACCACCACAGCCCCAAGGAAGCCGCGGAAGAGCCUGCUGCAAGGAGUAGCAGCAGUAGCAGUAGUGCUAGUGCCAGUGCCAGUGUCCACCGGAGUUCCAGUUCCAGCUGCAGUGCCAGCCAGCACCCCCUGCUCGGCGGAUCCGCUUCCAGCGCCACAGCCGCCUCCGGCUGCGGCAUGCCCUCCGAGGGCCUGCACCCGACGGCCGCCCUCCAGCUGUACGCCGCCGCCGCCCAACUGGCCCCCGGCGGCGUGCGCGUCCCGCCCUGGGGUCCCUUCCUGCAGUUCGGCGUGCCCGGCGUCUUCGGCCCCAACGGGCCCUUCCUGGGGCGCCCCCGCUUCGAUGCGGCCGCCGGGGCCGGCGGUCAUCCCAACUCCGCCGCCGCCGCCGCGGCCGCCACGCAAAUGGCGGCGGUAAACGCGAGCAACGCGUUCGCCAACCUAACGGGACUGAGUGCGGCGGCCCUGCGGAACGUGAGCGCCGCCCAGACGACGGCGGUGGCGGCGGUUGCCAGCACAGUGGCCACCAUCCAGCACCGACUGAUGAUCGGCAACCGGCAGAGCCUGCCGCCGGCGGGACCGCCCAGCGAAGGGUCCAACGAGGACGGCGGUUUUCCCGGGGACGGCGACGACGACAGCAGUGCGGCCAAGCGACGGAGGUCGCGGACCAACUUCAACUCCUGGCAACUGGAGGAGCUGGAGAGGGCCUUUUCCGCCAGCCACUACCCGGACAUCUUCAUGCGGGAGGCCCUGGCCAUGAGGCUGGACCUCAAGGAGUCGCGAGUUGCGGUAUGGUUCCAGAAUCGACGAGCCAAGGUGCGUAAGCGCGAGCACACGAAGAAGGGUCCUGGCCGCCCCGCCCACAACGCCCAGCCGCAGACCUGCAGCGGCGAGCCCAUUCCGCCCAACGAGCUCAAGGCCAAAGAGCGAGCCCGUCGCCGAAAGAAACUGGCCAAGGCCAUUGACCGGCAGGCCCGGAAACUGCAGGCCAAGGGCAUCACCGUGGACCUGGAGGCCCUGAAGGCCGAGUACAUAUCACAGCACAAGGCGAACGGCACCUUCUCCGACUCGGAUCUCGAGGACGAUGGCAUCCAGAUCGACGUGGUGGGCGGCACAGACAGCGACGACGAGGGCGACAGCGACGCCGUCAGUCCGGUGCGCUUCGGCGGAGGAGGCUGCAACGCUGGAGGAGGAGGAGGAGGAGGCGGUGGCUCCCAGCAGAACUCGUCGAUCCAUUGUGGUGGCCUGGACAACGACGGCGACAGUUCGCGGGCGGGCAGCUUCAUCGGCGGAGGCGGCAGCCUGGGCAGCCCCAGUUCGGUGGCCCCGCCCUCCAUGCUCUCGAACGGGGCGGCCGGCGGCGGAGGAGGCGGCGGCUCCAUAUUCGGUAAGCUGGAGCCCAUGGACGGCAACGAGUCCGAGGAGCGGGACAGGGAGCGGGACUCGCCGAAGCCGCUGCUCUUCCCCGCCAAGGCCUUCCACCAACUGAACCUGCAGAGCAGCCAGCAGCAGCACCACGGCGGCCUGGUGGGUCAGGGGUCGGGCCACGGCCACGGGCACCACCACCACCAGCACCACCUUCACCAUGGCAGCGCCUCCGCCUCGGCGGCGGCGGCUGUGGCCAACCUGGUCCACCAGACGUCUCCGAUCAGCAUGCGCCGCAGCAAUCCCUUCAGCAUCGAGUCCCUGCUGUUCAACAACACGUGAGGCAACCACGCAAGGAUCACGAUCCACAUCCACCUGGACACCCCGGAACCAUUCUGCAUCCCCUUGAUUUUCGCGUUCCUAGAAUAUGUUGCUCAACUUCUCUCCAGUCCUGUCCACUCUCAGUUUUCACCACGUGUAUCUUCGGUUCAGAGCUUGAAUAUUCGCUAAGUGAUUUAUUUAUUCAAAUGUAUUCGUAAUGUAUUUUUUUUUGGUAUUUUUUUGUAGUACACCUUGUUCCCAGAGAGAGACUAAAUUAGUGUUGUAAAUGAAUUUAUUAUUUGUACUUCGUAAAUAUAAAUAAACCUUUUUUUUAGAGUGGCUGAUGCCCAAAGCAAUGCUUGAAACAUGAAUAAUAUAAUUAUGUAAUAGAGGUCUAUUAACUAAGGACAUUUUUUUUCAAACUGUGCGCAUGGCUGAGUGCGUGUAUUCGAGUGUGUGCGAGCGAAUGUGUAAAAAUGUAAUUUAAUUUAGCAAAACAAGAUGAAAUAACAAAGGGAAACACAAAGAGUUGCAUAGAAAACCACAAGUUAAGUAAGCGGAAUUUUUUUGUGCCGAAAGGAGCAGGCUAGUAUAUUACAAAUAUGAGAGAACCCACACAAUAUUACGUACAGACAUGCAAAAAGCGGCGAAGUGGCUGCUAAAAUUAUAUUGUAUCUAAAACCGAUUGUCAAACAAGAAUAAAUGCGAAUCUGUAAAGAGAGAAAAACCACAUAAACAACAAAUUACGAUUA